GCGUUGAGGAUCUCGGUGGAGGCCUGAAAGCUGGCUUUCAGUUGGAAAGCGGCUUUCAAUCUGACACUGGAACUGGCAGUGGUGCACUGUUUGGUCGUCAAAGCGAAGUGAACCUGUCGGGCGGUUUUGGAACUGUGCGACUGGGUAAUUUCUUCCCCGCGUCUUAUUUCGCAUCUGCUGACUACGUCAGCCUGCACAAUCACGAUACGGGCUCGUCGUCCGACGCCCUUUACUACGAUCCGGUGUGGUUCGGUGGCCCAGGAACUGGCAAUACGAUUGCCUACCGCACACCUAGUAUUGGCGGCUUCACUGCGGAAGGUGCGGUUGUCCUGCAUGAGCAAGCGCCCAACACCGGCGGCAAAAACGGCUAUGACUUCGCUGCCAACUACGCCAUGGGCGCGCUUGAACUUGGUGCGGGCUACAGCAGUAUCAACAGCAACAAUCAGCUCUCUAUGCGCGCUCUGUAUUCCUUUGGCCAGCUGACGGUUGGAGGCUAUUAUCAGCGCAACAAGGACGCUAAUCAGCUUCUGCCUACCGGGGCUGGAACACGUAACAACUUGCGCCUCGCCGCUGCGUACAGCGUUGGCGCUUCGGAGUUUCACGUAAACGUUGGUCGAGCGGGCGAAUAUGAGAACGUGGUCAACAGUGACGCUACGCAGUACACUCUGGGUUAUAACCAUAAUCUUAGCAAACGCACGAAGGUUUACGGCUACUACACUCGGGUGGACAACAGGAGCAAUGCGACUUACUUGAGUGGUGUUGCGGGUGCUGAUUUCAGUUCUGUUGCAGUGGGUAUUCGGCACAAUUUCUGA